AUGGCCACCAAACACCUCGGAACCCUCGAAAUCCAACCCCCUCGAGGCCGUCCUCAGCUCCGCCCCGAUUCUCGUCCUUCGACCCCAACCCUCAACACCACCCGUCCACCGCGAACAUACUCCCCCGCCCCACCCUCCCCCAUCAACCGACCCCAGACCCCCGACGUCGUGAGGCGGAUCGUCCGCAAUGCGGAGGGGAGGUUCGAGGAGGGGAAUGUAGUGGAGGAUUUUGUCGUGCGGCAUCCACGUCCACGGAUUGGUGGUGAUGGGGAAGGGGAUUUGGAUGCCGAGAGGCCUCGGACGCCGCGUUCGGAGCGGAGAGGCUCUUCGUCGUCAAGACCGGGCUCCUCUUCGUCUUCGAUGCGUUCGGGCUUCAGCAAAACGUUCUCUUGGGGCAGGAAAAGCAGUGUGAAAGGUAUGUUCAGUUCUGAUUCCGCUUCUCCACCCCCCACACCCGAGCAUAAGCAAAAACGUUCCCGCGGCCGUCGGGGUUCUGGUGCGUCAGCCUCGUCGAUUAAGGACGCUUUCACGCGAGUUACGACGGAGUUGUCGCGCGGAAAGGAUAUUGUCAGCUUGAACUCACAUGAUCGGCGACGCUGGAUGGUGGAUGAGAAAGCGAGGAUUGAGAGGGAGAGUGUCGCUACUGCGCGCCAGCAAAGAGAGGACUGGGAGGCUGUCCGAGCGCAGUCUCGAGCGGACAGGGAGGCGAGACGGAGGGAGCGCGAAGCUCGACGGAAUGCACUACCGCCACUUUACUCUACCCACACACCACCACCACCUCGACAAGACCACCCACGACCCGACCCCAUCGAGCGCACAGCCAUCGCGGUCUCGAAAUUAACCGACUGGGCGAAGAAGCGGCGGGGCAGUGAGGAUUCGGGGUUGAGUUUCGCUGACUGUGCGCCAGAGGGGGAGUUGGAGAGUUGUGGGCGGUGUGGAAGGGAGGUCACCGGGAAGGGGGCGUUGACGAAGGGGCUUUGUGGGGGAUGUUGGGGAAGGAGGGUUGAUGAAUUCUGGGAAUCCUCCUCCCACAUUCCCGACGGAGAAGAAGAUUCAACCUACUCCUCCAACGACAGCACCCGUCCCUCCUCCCCGUCUGUUCCGAGAGAAGUCAACGAGGAAGAGUAUAUGAAAAUCGCCCGCGUCCGCCGCAUCCGCCGAAUCCGCCGCACGAUCUACUCCGACCCGGGGAACCCCUUCGCCUUCGGCGACGACGACGACCCCCACGCGGCGCCGACGACGCUCUUCCAGCGAUCGAGGGAUGUCUCGCCUGCGCCUACAGCGGUGGGUGAUCGACCUCGCGUCGAACUGAACGACAGCCCGGCGUCGAUGAUAGAAGAAUCUGCAGGCGUGCUGAGCGACUCGCCAAUGUCGCCUCCUGAAGAGGGUGGGAAGUUCGAGCAUGUGAGGGAUAGCCUCCUCUAUGCGCCUACGGCGAGGAGGUCCGGCACGCCGGCUUUGAUCACGCAGCUUUCGAUUCCGGCGUCUCCUGCUUCGCCGCAGCCGCCGGUCAAGGAUGAGAAGUUUCUUGUUCCCAAGACGAUUCCGAGGAAGAGGAGUUUGAGUUGGGGUGGGCCUGAGUCGCCGCAGCUGGGGGGAUUGGUUUCGCCAGAGCAGGAUGGGAAUGUGAGGAAUACAAUGUAUUAUGGAUUCUAUGAUCAGGUGUUGCAGGAAUAUCAUCGCAGUCGGGAGGGGUUGGCUGGGGUUGAUAGACAGGAUUAG